AUGAGUGCUGGGAACGACAAACCCCUGGAAGGGGCCCCCGGGCUUCUUUCUACCUGGUGGGGUCAAUUCCGUUAUACGACUAUUCCGUUAUUAUCAAACAACACACAGCAACAAAAGCAGCCACGAUGGAAGACCUGGCUCCCUCACGGUCUUUCACAAGACCCCAAUGAAGGACAAGAAGGACGAGAGUGGCUCAAGGGAGCCGUCAUCUGCUCCUUGAUCACUGCGACAAUCCUGGCCGUCAAUUCCAUCAUGUUGAUUGUGGCACUCAUCUUCGCCUAUCGCCAGUCGAGCAACCACGGUCAAUUUCAGAUGGUCGAGCUCUUCACGGGGAAUUGCUCCCUGGCAAAUCGCUCCGCGACGGGCAUACAUGUAGUGAUCAACGUCUUGGGAACGAUUUUACUUGGGGCCAGCAGCUACGUUAUGCAGUGCCUAGGUGCGCCCUCUCGCUCGGAUAUCGACCGGGCCCACGCGCGCUCGCGCUGGCUGAAUAUAGGGACCUUUAGUUUUCGCAAUUUUGCGAUAAUGAGUCCCAAACGAAAAGUUCUGUGGGGGCUACUGCUGCUCAGUUCCACUCCGAUCCAUGUGAUUUACAACUCGGUCAUCUACUCAUCCAUUGCGAAGCUCGACUCCGGGUCGCUCUUGAUCCCGCACGACCUCUCGUCGAACGAGUCUUUGGUCAACGAUGUGGCGAGCCGCGAGAGAUUCCGGGCCAGAAUUGGCCUCGAUCCGGCGAUUGUGCAACAGCGGAUCUUCGAUGGAACUUUCACCAAUUUGACAGACAAGGAUUGUUGGGCCAAGCGGGCCGAUGAGACUUUAUACAGUACACUUGUCUAUGUCGUUGACAGGAAGUACUUUCACAAUACGAGCAGUCUGUGGGUAGACGGGGGACAGAACCCUUCCUCCGAGAACUACUACCCUGUGGAACCAGUCUACUGGAGCUAUCGCGUGUGGAACUACACAACUGUCGCGAGCGGGCAUCCAUACCAGUUCAACUUUGCCGAUGAUUCUUUCCAAAGGCUGUGGAACCCCUACGACAAAACUAACGCAAGCACUGCGUUGCAGGCUGACGUGAUGGGUCUGCUAAGUUACAAUUCGCAAUACAAUCCGACUCAGGAGGCUCUGCGCGAGUACUUAGACACCCCCUCACACUGGCAGAAUAGCUCCUGGGCAGCCGCAACGACAUUCGAGUUCUUCGAAGAAGGCGACUUGGAGCUUGGAAUAUAUCCACAGGUCCCUGUUUCGCACUGUCUUAUGGAUGAAAGCCGACAGCGCUUCGUUGUCAACCCCGACGAACCCUCCCCUACAGAAGCCCCAUCUACACCUGUCAAUCCCACUAACCCAGCUCCUAGCUACAUAUCAUGCAUCGCAGUGAGCUUUGCCCUUCUCUUCCACGGCAUCGGUUCCGAUACCUUCCACGAGGCCAUGUCCAUCGGCUUCAGCAAGUACUCGGAAUCCUAUCUAGCCAACACGAACACCACAAACAUCCUCGCCCUUGUACUGUUAGCCAAUACUCCCCAGCUCGGCUUGUCCAUCCUAUACUUUGUGACCAACGGCGUCUUGACCUGCAUGCUCCUUGACGCUGAGCUCCAGCGGUACGCCACGCGACGCCGCUCACUCCGCUGUUCCUGGCCCAAGGGCCAACAACGAUCGACCUACUACCUGACUCUGCCUUACCGGUACAGCCUCCCGCUGCUGACGGCAUCCGCUUCGCUUCACUGGCUUCUAUCCCAGAGCUUCUUUUUUGUUCACAUCCGGCGGGUCGAUAUCUCCCAGCGAUACGUAGUGGAUGAGGCGCGGGGAUGCUGCUACUCCCCGUUAGCGAUUUUCAUCACGAUCUGGGUCGCUGUUGCGGGGCUCUUGGUGGUUGUAGGGCUCGGGUUCCGGCGGUUCGAGAGCGGGAUGCCGCUAGCCGGGGGCUGUAGUAUGGUUUUGUCCGCACUGUGCCAUCCACCGGAGGAUGAUGAGGGCGCGGCCGAAAAGACGGUGAUGUGGGGUGAGAUUCCAAAAGGGCCUGAGCUAGGUCCUACACAGAAUGACAAGAGGAGAGUCGAAGAGAGGUUUAUGGAGGGUACGGGGGCGACGGGGGCUGCCACUGCCGCCCGGGAUGGAACGAUGGAAGGAUAUGCACACUGUUCAUUUAGUUCCUUGGAAGUGACGGCGCCAGGGCUGGAUCGGUUAUAUGCUUGAUUGGCUUGCGCUGUACCCCUUGUCUGUAUCCUGGAUGUACGUACUAGGGCAAGGCUGCCUUCCUUUAUCUGCUGUUGCAAGCCUUAUAGAAGAAUACUCCCGGGAAGAGCUGCAAGAUGCUGGG